UAUCAGUCCUGGAUGAACAAAUUAGAAUUUGUUUCUCACUCUUCAUGUAACCUGCUCUUAGGAACAAAGAUCUUUUUUUUUUUUUUUUAUAUAUAUACACACACACACACACACACACACACACAUACACACAUAUAUGUGUGUGUGUGUGUGUGUGUAUAUAUAUAUAUUUUUUUUAAAUUUAUUUUUAAUUAAUCAAGGUGUUGGGAAAACAUGAAGUGGACUUCAAUCUUUGCCAUAGUUGUCCUUGCCCUAGGAGUUCUGUGUUGGGGGCAAAGGCUACUGGAAAUCCCUGAGUAUGAUGGUCGGGACCGUGUUCAUGAACUGACCAACAAAAACUACAAGACUGUGAUGAAGAAGUAUGACAUCAUGGUGAUCUACUAUCACAAAGCCAUUGGGGAAAACCUUAUGGCCAGAAAGCAGUUAGAAGUGGAGGAGCUCGCUUUGGAGUUGCUAACAAGUCCUGCCGCCCUCACGUACCAGCUUGCCGCUCAGGUGCUUGAUGAUCUUCAUGACAAGGAUAUUGGAUUUGGUUUGGUAGAUGUGAAGAAAGAUGUUGCUGUUGCCAAGAAAUUGGGUUUGGAAGAAGUUGACAGCAUCUACAUUUUUAUCGAUGACGAGAUCAUUGAGUAUGAUGGAGAGUUGGCUGCAGAGACACUGGUGGAAUUCCUCUACGAUGUGAUCAAGGAUCCUGUGGAGAUCAUUAACAAUGAGAGAGAGCUAAAAGGUUUCUUUAACCUUGUUGAGGAUAUCAAGCUAGUUGGCUACUUUAAAAAUGAGGAUUCCUUAAGCUUUAUUGAGUAUGAUGAUGCUGCUGAAGAAUUUCACCCUUUUGUCAAAUUUUUUGCCACCUUCAAUCCCCAAAUCGCUACAAAUCUAAAGCUGGAUCUGAAUGAGGUGAAUUUCUAUGAGCCCUUCAUGGAUGAGCCCGUCAUCAUCCCAGGCAAGCCAUACACAGAGGCAGAGCUUAUCGACUACAUCGAGGAGCAUGAUAGACCAACCCUAAGAAAGCUAGAACCCCACAGCAUGUAUGAAACAUGGGAGGAUGACAUCAAUGGGCAACAUAUUGUGGCCUUUGCCGAGGAAUCUGACCCUGAUGGAUUUGAGUUCCUUGAGAUUCUAAAGGAGGUGGCCGGUGUGAACACUGAAAACCCUGACCUCAGCAUCCUCUGGAUCGAUCCAGAUGAUUUCCCCUUGCUGGUGCCCUACUGGGAGAAGACCUUUGGCAUUGACCUCUCCUCUCCUCAAAUUGGUGUUGUGGAUGUGAAGGAUGCUGACAGCAUUUGGAUGGAGAUGGAUGAUGAAGAGAACAUGCCCACUGCCAACGAGCUGGACAUCUGGAUUGAGGAGGUGCUGGUGGGCAAAAUUGACCCCAAUGACAAUGAAGAUCAUGAUGAUUUUGAUGACAUAGACAGUGAAGAUAGUGAUGAAGAGAAGGAGAAAAAGGAUAAUGAGGAGGAGGAUGAUGCAGACAAAAAUGAUGAUGAAAUUAAUUACAAUGAUGACUGAGCACUGGCCAAAACACCAUAUCAUCCAAGAUCAUAGGUCAUCCAAGGCUUUUCCCAUUUGUUCCUUGGAAACCUUUUACUUCUCUAGAAGAAAUUGCAAUGCACCUGUACAAAGUACCUUGAAGAUUCAGGAGAUUAAUAAUUCACUUGUUUCUUUUAUGUUAGAUUCUGUAUUUUGUUCCUUACUAGGAACUCUUUCAUCUUUUCCCUAUGGUCCAUGUUCAUAUUCAGCCUGUCGACUCUGUAUUAUCAGAAAUAAAUAGGGAAAUAUGUCUGGG